AUGGCUUGGGCACGGCAGUAUGAAGCCGAUGGGCGAUACAGAGACGCGGAAUACCUGUUUCGUCGAGUAUCUUCUGAUAGGAACAUCUCAAUGGAGAGUGUGGACCUGUAUCAAAGUGAAGAUGUCCUGCCUACCCUAGUCUCAGUCUACGAGAGAAUGGGCGAUUAUCCAGCAGCAGAGAUGGGCCAAGAAACGCUACUCAGACGCCUCUUUGCAGAAAAUCCGAAACAAUUCAGUGGUGAGCAGAUUCGAGAGGUCAAUGCCUACUCGAGACUGCUCUCCUAUUUCCGAAAACGAAUUCUUGAUUUCCAAGCCGGUGGCCGAAUGCCUUUUCCAGCAUACAUAGACUUGUUCAUUACCCAUCGAGCCGCGGUGUUGGACAUUGUCCCCCUCAACGAGGCCUUGCUUGAGCAGGGGCUGAUCCCACUCGACCAUGUUGCACCUUUCUAUACUUCUUUGCAUAUUGCUGUGAAAGAAAAUGCCCUCAAUUUAGUCCGUUUACUCAUCAGCAAGGGUGUUGGUUUAGAGAGUAUAGGUAUCAUGUCCGACAGGCCUCUGCACAUAGCGUCAAAAUUUGGCACAAUUCCGAUGAUCGAGCUGCUUCUGCACCACGGUGCUGAUACUGCGGCUAGAGACAAAUACGGUAGUACGCCAUUACAUCGAGCUCUGACUGGGAGGCCAACGGAACAACAAGAAUUGAUCCUCUCGAUUGUAACUAUAUUGAUCGAUGCCAAAGCGAAUACGGAGGCUGGAGACCGGUUCGGAACGACAGCUCUACACGCUGCCAUUUAUCAAGAUUUACAGACAGUGGCACGCUAUCUACUUGAGCGAGGGGCCAAUGUUGAAGCAUCUGAUUACCGGGGGGAUAGCUUGCUUCUCGCAGCCGUAAAAAACAAAAGAGAAUGGGCAAUAGAACUGUUGUUGGAAAAGAAGGCGCAGGGACAUACGGCUCUAUACGUCGCCGUCAACCAGGGCCAGGAGCCGAUAAUCCAGACUCUGCUCGACCAUGGCGCGAUGACCAGGACCACAGUGGACGAGCAAAACUCACACGAGGAUACAGUGUUACAUUGUGCUGUCAGAGCUGCCAACACAGCCGUCAUCGAAAUGCUGUUGAAGGCCGGCGCAGACAUCUACGGACGAGAUCGCUUUGGUGACACAGCGCUACAUGGCGCUAUCCUAGAGGGUCGAGAACCUCAUGAGCGUAUAGUCCGGCUGCUUCUGGACUUCGAUGCUACCCAGAUGAACUCUGUAAACCCUGAUAGGAGAUACAGUGUUGCAUCUCGCUGUCGUUUUGAGACGUCGAAGUAUGAUUCCAAUCCUCCUCCGACAUAUCAAAUCCGACAAGCUACCUAUCAUAUGCCAAAUGAGAAACAAUCUGGGCCAGACGCCACUUGA